AUGACUGAUGUACUUGUCGAUGGGCCAGCCGAGGUACUGACUGACGUACUAGGUGGAUCACUGGUUGAGGUACUUGGUGAAAAGCUGACUGAUGUACUGACUGACGUACUAGGUAAAGCGCUGGUUGAGACACUUGUUGAGGUACUGGGCGACAUGCUGUCUGAUAUCGACGGGCCAAUCGAGGUACUGACUGACGUACUAGUUGAGGCGCUAGUUGAGCUACUGGUUGAGGUUGAGGCGCUAGUUGAGCUACUGGUUGAGGUACUGGGUGACAUGCUGACUGAUGUCGACGGUCCAACCGAGGUACUGACAGACGCACUAGGAGACACUCUGUUUGAGACGCUGGGUGAGGUACUGUGUGACAUGCUUACUGAUGCACUAGUUGACGGACUAGCGGAGGUACUGAUAGACGCACUGGUUGCACCUAACAAACGCAAACACUGCCUAGUGAGUUUUUAUUUGGCAACACCUACACAGGAAAACAGCGUUCAAGACCUCGACCUUUAUGUGACAAAAAUUAGAUAGGGAAAGAUUAUGAGAUGUACAGCAUACUUGCCGGAAUGGAAGGUUCUCUACUGAGCAAUUAAAACGUACCUCAACUCAUAUGAAUCAUUACCGAAUUGUUUCAAGUAAUUCUCUCUUGUUUAAAAUGAUAAAAGCCUACGUUUGCAACGUUAUGUGUGUACCUAAUCACAGUCAGGUUUCAUAAAAUUGGAACUUUUAAAGUUUUUUGACUUUCAUUAUAAAGUUAUAAUUUGCUUUUGUUUAUACAAAAAAAAAAGGUUUCGUUAAACAGCGUGGUAUUAAUGGUUAAGGACGCUGAAUUAUCACGUGUUUGAAUACCACCUGGUAACGGCUCGCUUGAUGGCAAGACAUUCAAUCGUUUAUUCAGAUCCGAAAGCGUUGAGUGGAUCGGGCGAUGCCUUCCUUGUUUAAUUCAAAUGUCUUUUAAGUAUUCUAGUCUUGUCAUUUCGGUUAAAUUCCAACAGAAUAAUAAGACUGCGAACUCCUCACUCAAUCACACUCAAAGCUUUGUGAUCAGGGCUAGAAUGAAGGCUUAGAUAGCUUGCCAUUCAGCAAGCCGUUGCUAAUUGGUAUCCAAGCACGUGACGAAAUUAAUUCUGCCUAGGGCGCUUAAUUGAAGGUGUUCGCUGCGGAUUUAAGUUCUCGCUCUGGCGACAGAGUGGAUUUAUCUCUGCAACUGUUCAGACAUGCUCAUCUCUGAUAUAGACCAACUCAUUCUUGCCCUGAUGUAUUUAGAUUUGAGGUUAUUUUGGUCUAAAAAAUUGAAGGUUAAGAUUACCCGUGUCUUUAAUCAGCUAUAAAGACACUCACUGAACAUUAAUUUCCUUUGUUUUUCGUUAUCAAUUAAUGAAUUUUUGAACGUAACGUAAUCAACAAAAAGUUGGAUGCGAAUUCAUAGUUUUUGUUCAUGAUAAGUAUGAAUUUUUAAACAAUUGCUCUAUGCCAAACUCAAAACCUUAAGAUGUUUUCUUCUUAAUACCUUACUUUCGUGGAGGGCUUGAACUCCUGUAGCCGUAAAGUCGAGCUGACUUUUUCGCUCUGUUGAGUGCAUCGAAGCUUCACAGAUUGCUCAUCGUUUUCUUAAGAAACCACCAACAAUUAACUUGAGGUAAAUAUUUGUUUAUCAACAUGUUGCUUUGGCAGCUUUGUACAUGCAGGCAAUAAACAAAGUCAAUCGAACGGUGUUAUGUGAAACAUGAAGAUGACUAAAUUAAAUCUAGAUAAAUGUUAUAAUGCCCUGUUAUAGUGAAAUGCGCGAGCUUUCAAAUUAAAUUUAUAGCAAUAUAAUCAUGAAAUAUUUCUCGUUGUAAGAGUUUACAUCGUAAGGAAAUCCAGAAGAAAUUGUGUUAAUUCGCUGUGUUGUUGUUUUUUCGGAUUCUUCACUAUUGGCUACAGCAGAUUAAAUGUCUUAAUAUACUGCACCAAGGCUACGAAAUCAUCGAUUUAUAAAGGUGGUUUCUAAUAUUUCCGAGGUCAUUUAAUAUUGUACGAAAUGCUCACACACGCGCGUACAUUUAACACACCCGUGGUAAAUAUGUUGCCUAUACAGGCCAUUGCGGUUAGUUCCCUUUAUGUCUAAAAAGUGCUGAAUUGUUAACCCUGAUGAUUUUACAAAGGUAUACACCAUAUUUUUUUAAAUUUAAGUUCCAUUUUAAGCCAAGCCCAUUUGGAAUAUUUGUCAGGAAUAGUUCAUAUUUUUGGUUAAUAAUGAUCUUUUCCAAAAUUCCUAAAGAUUUGUAUCAGAAAACUUAAUGUUGAAAUUUGCCUGCAAUCAAAUUGAUAAGAACGUUCUAACUCUUUGCUUGCAGGGAAGCAAAGAGAUAAUGUAUAACAGAUUCUCAAGCACGUACAGUACACACACAGUGGGAGAGAAGGAAGCCUAUGGGAGUGGACUGCACUUCCUUAGCUAUACCAAAGAUACGAAAUUAUAUUGAUUUAUUAUUUAAAAAAGUGUGUUUCCUGAUAUUUCCGUCUGAAGUCAUUAAAUAUCCAGUGUCUGAAAUGCUGAACACACGAGUAAUAUAACUAUGUUAUACAAACCAUUGAGUUAAGUACCGUGUCUAAAAUGCUGAAUUUAUUGCGUAUUGAAAGUAAAUAAUAAGCUGACCCAUCGUUCCUUUAAUUGCCUGAAUUGUUUAAUUCUUUCAGGUAUUCUCUCAAUUGGGUGCAUGAGACACGGAAGCGUCAUGCCCUAACGAAAUUUGUGUUUCCUUAAGUUUUCAGUCCUAGCUGUUUGCAGCGUGCAGCGAGGUUUUCUUGCUGUGGCAGCUGAUUGGACAGAUCAUAAAAACUCCCUUUACCAUACCUUUAAGCAAAUGUUUCGAAAAGGAGAAAAAUCAAAAAAGAAAACAACCAAAAUUAGACCUACCAUAUAUGAUAAUUGCCUGUACGAGCUGUAUUAGGACCAAUACCGAGAACAAAUAAAUCCUUGCCGUUGUUCAAACACUGAAACUGUGGCAAACAACCGAAAUAGACCUACCAUAUCUUCUUCACAUUUGGUUACGAAGCGACAACAAAUGCAUGGUUCAUUGGAUUUUCGAGGGUAGGUCAGUUGCUCACGUCAUUUAAUUGUCAUAGUAACCGCUUGUAAAAUACUGCAUGAAUGAAAUGCCCUUCAGCUAAAAGACUCUCAAAAGAUCGUUUUCAGUCACGUGGUCAGUAGCUUUGCAAAUUGCUUGGAAUAAAAGAAAGUUUUAGCAUGUGAAAAGAGUUUUUUGCACACAAACAUUCAUUGUUUUGUACACAAAUAUGGCCGCCGUGACAUUAAGUGAAAACCAUCUAUUAAAAAUUUUGAUUUCGAAUCUGUUCAUUGACACACCCAGGCUAGGUUAAUAAACGUAAAUUGGGUUUACCUUAUUACAUGAAAUUUUCGCGAAUUUCGCGAUACAAAAAAAAAAAGAAAUUUAGUAUAUAUGCAAGUAAAGUCAUUUAUAUAGGAAAGAAAGUAAACCAGCUAAUCGUGAACUUAGCCACUCUUUGUCUGAACUCAGUAAUACACAUUCUUCAUAAAUAGAGCACAUUUUUUCUAGUUAACAUUUGCACUUUCUCUUUCUUAUCUGAAAUGGACUCUUGAUAUGCAUGAGGAACAAAGUUGACAAAGAAUGUACGCCUGCCACGAGUGAAGUUUAGCAAUUUAUUUUACUGGGAUACGAGAAAGCAGUGACAAAAGAACGAAAUAGUAGAGAAGAAAAAGUUUGCAAACAAGUCAGAGGUUUAUACUACAGACACAAAUCAAAAUUGGAGUUAAACAUUCGCGUACGUUGUAUGUUGUUGUAUGUUCAUACGGUCCUGAUCUGAGAACGAAUAAAGAAAACUCAAUGUUGAAACGAGCAUCCUGUUCACUGGGGAAUUUAUUAACGUCAAAGAGCAAGAAAACAACAUGCGAGUACACGUUCCCUGAGCACAAGUAUGUUUAUCAUGAAUUUAUUGACUAACUGAUUUAUUUAUUUUUAAUUUUUUGUCAGUCUAAAUUUCAGAUUUACAGUUAUGGUAAACUUGAAGCAAUUUCCAUUAUACAGAGAUUAUUAAAUCGUUAUAGCGAAGCCGUUAGAUUUUCUAAAAUAUACCCUUUUGUAACUACAGGUAAUUUAAAUUAUUCAGGCUCAGACCAAUAAAAUUCUUGAGUGAUGUCUUCCGUCGGUGUAGAAGUAAUCGUUCGUCAACAGCUAAAUGGCCAUAUAGUUCUCUUCACCUAGAAUCCUAGAAGAAUAAAAUGUAGGGAUUAGUAAAAUCCAACUAGUGGUCUAUUUCCAAUGCCGCGUUCUGAUUGGUUGAGCUACUACUCGGCUAUAUGUUAUAGCCCAAUAGUAGCAAAAAGCGCCGUCUUUGAAGACCAAAACAAUGACGGCUGAAUCGCGUUUUGCUAGCUGAAGUUGUUUUGUCUCGAUAUUUUUGACCAACUAUAGUUGGAUUUUGCUAAAACAAUUACUCCUCUCGCCCCCAUGGCCUCUGAGUCAAUAGCCCAUUCGGCCUUCGGCCUCAUGGACUACUGACUCAGAGCCCAGUCGGGCUCGAGGAAUAAUUGUUAAAAAAUAAUGCUUUGCUAGUGUGCUAAGUCUUCGUGCUUCUAGCCUUAACAUCGUGUUUCGGUUUUUCCCAUUAUUUACUAAUUCUCAAAGCUUGCGAAAAAAGAGUUCACAGGGAAACUUUGCGAUUAUUGAUAAAUCUCAGGGAGUUGUUAACUGCUGAUAUCAACAUGGCAAAAGGGAAGAGUAUAAAUUCCUCACUGACUUGGUCUUUGUUAUCGAAGCUCCCGGAUCGGAUGACCCGGUGAAGCUUUGAACUUGUGUGCUAAAUUCUCAAAGUUCCUAUUUUUGUCCGUGUCUUCUUUAUCCUUAUCUGAAAUUUAGACCCCUAAAGUGGCGUGUGUUGCGUUAAAUAGAAGGAAAUAUUUCAUCUCGAUUUGGGCUCAUCAUCUCGGGGAUUGCCGGGAUAUUUCCGGAUACUGUGAUGUCAUUGACAACCAAUCAGAGGCUACAAAAUGAGCAGGCUGCGAAAUGAACAAUUGAAGAUAUAAUCAUCAUUAUUUUCGAAUUCGGUGCAAGUCGUAAUAAGUUGAGUAGAAUAUGGCAAUUCUGCUGUCCGUCGACUAGAAUAAAAGUGCAAGCAGCACUUACAAUUUCUCUUCACAAAUAAUUUUAUUUAUUAAGAAUUUAUUCAUUAAGACAAGUAUUUGCCAAGUAGUGGCAACAGCGGUUCUAGUUAGGCUGUACGUAAACUUUACUAUUGCGUCCAACUUCAGUUAGAUUGUUCAAUUUCAAUUGUCUCUCUCUAUCUUUAUCUCGAAAAGGGCAUCAUUACAUCAAUCCUCUGUUCACAUGAUUCUAAAAAAAAGAAAAAAACCCUCUACAUCAAGAGUUUUGAACGUUUUUGGCGUUUUUGCUGCUGAAGUAUCACAAUUUCUUCUUUCCAACUUUAUACAGGCCAAGGCUAAAAUGAACAUCAAGGCCAUGAAGGCCAACGCUAAGCAGUCAGAAAAAAUUCAGUCUGCUCUUUCUUGUUUUUGGUAG